UAGUAAAAAAAGUCUCUUCAAAAGUAAUAAAAGAAAACUUGAGCGCCAAAUCGGCAUAUUAAAGGGAUUUCCAGAUUAUUGUGUGACUAAAGACAUUGAAAAUUCUGCUUUUCCUUCACAGGAAUAAAUUAUAUUUUAAAGUAGGAAAGCUAUUUUUUUGAUUCAGUGUUUCACAAUAUAACUAUUUUACUGUAAAACUCUUCCUUCAAUCAGAACGAAAGACAUUUGAAAAAAUGACCCCAGACUUUUAAACACUGUUGUGUGAUACAGCUGAACGAUUGUGAAUGCAAAAUGGAGUUAUUAAUUAUCCGCAUCGAUAAAGUGACAUAAUAUAGGCAGUUUUGUGAAGUUAGGUCAAGCCUGCCGUUGUUGUGCUGAGAGUGCUUAAUGCUGAACUCUAUUGAGAACAGGUUUAAAGGUUGUGAAUGCCUUCUGCUGAGGCAGGCCAUCUCACUGGCCUCUCUUUGCGGGGCUGCUCUCCUUUGUCACCCUACAAUGGUGGCACGAGAGCGCAACUGUCGCCCAAUACACAUUGUUCAUCAGCCAAUGGGAGCGAUCCAAAGAGAAGACUCUAGCAGUUUGUGUAUGCAUGCAGGUGUGUUUGUGUGUACGUGUUUGUGCGCGUAAAAGGAGUGUGUUCACACGUUGUCUUUUUCUUCUUACCCUGGUUUGUAGUCCCCGACCGCAUGAAAGGUGCGUCAUUUAGCAGCGCAGCCAAUCAGAGGUCAGCUGUUUGAAUUUAUGCCAGGGAUUUUUUUGGCUUGUGUGACUUAAGUUGUGGUGGCAAAAGCCGGUAUUUUCAAUCCCCAAAAAAACACUGUCCCAGACAAGAGACGAGAUGCCCUAUACGCCAUCCGGGUUUUUUUGCGACCGGUUAAUCCGCGAAAGAGAGAGGAGAGACGGCGAAGGAUCCCUGAGCAAACCCAUUCGUUUCAGUGGCCAGGACUACAACGUCCUCAAGCAGGAGUAUCUCCAGAAGAAGGCCCUUUUUGAGGAUGAAUCCUUCCCCGCCACUGUGGACUCCCUUGGCUUCAAAGAGCUGGGACACAAGUCCAACAAAGUCAAGAACAUUGUCUGGAAGCGUCCCAAGGAGAUAUGUGAUAACCCACAGUUCAUUGUCGGAGGGGCUAGCAGGACAGAUAUCUGCCAGGGAGACCUGGGAGACUGCUGGUUGCUGGCGGCCAUCGCAUCCUUGACUCUGAACGACAAGCUGCUGUAUCGUAUCGUACCUCAAGAGCAGAGCUUCUCCGAAGGCUACGCUGGAAUUUUCCAUUUCCAGUUCUGGCAUUAUGGAGACUGGGUGGAUGUCGUCGUCGACGACCGCAUUCCCACCUUCAACAACCAGCUGGUGUUCACCAAAUCCGCUGAAAGAAAUGAAUUCUGGAGCGCUCUGCUGGAAAAAGCUUACGCUAAGCUGCACGGUUCCUACGAGGCUCUUAAAGGAGGAAACACUGCUGAGGCCAUGGAGGACUUCACCGGUGGAGUGACUGAAUUCUAUGAGAUGAAGGAGGCCCCUAAAGAGCUGUACAAGAUCAUGAAGAAAGCUCUGGAGAGAGGCUCCCUCAUGGGCUGCUCCAUUGACUCCCUGGUUCCAGCCCGUUUUGAAACUCGUACUACAACAGGACUUGUGAAGGGUCAUGCCUACUCUGUUACUGCUGUAGAGGAGUGUAAACAGUCCCAGCAGAAGGAGUCUAAAGUCCGUCUGGUGCGUCUGCGUAACCCUUGGGGUCAGGUAGAGUGGAAUGGACCUUGGAGCGAUAAUUCAAAAGAGUGGGAAACUCUCUCCAAAGGGGAAAAAGAGAAACUUCAGCAGCAGAAUGCUGAAGAUGGAGAAUUCUGGAUGUCAUUUGACGAUUUUAAGAAAAAUUACACUAAAAUUGAGAUUUGCAACCUGACCCCUGAUGCUCUGGAGGACGAUAAGUUACACAAAUGGACAGUGUCUGUUAAUGAGGGACGCUGGGUAAGAGGAUGCUCCGCUGGAGGAUGCAGGAAUUAUCCAGACACAUUCUGGACAAAUCCACAGUACCGCCUGCGUCUCUUGGAGGAAGAUGAUGACCCGGAGGAUGAUGAGGUGGCUUGCACUUUUGUUGUCGCUCUAAUGCAGAAAAACAGGCGUAGAGAAUGCAAGCUGGGUGCAAAUCUCUUCACUAUCGGGUUUUCCAUCUACGAGGUUCCAAAGGAGAUGCACGGAAACAAGCAGCACAUGCAGAAGGAGUUCUUCAUGUCCAGCACCUCUAAGGCUCGUUCCAGGGCCUACAUCAACCUGCGCCAAGUGACCCAGCGUUUCCGCCUGAGCCCCGGGGAGUACGUCAUCGUCCCCUCCACCUACGAGCCGCACCAGGAAGGCGAGUUCAUCCUCCGCGUCUUCUCUGAAAAGAGAAAUACCUCUGAGGAGAUAGAGAACAGGAUUGAAGCUGAUCAUCCAGUGCCGGCUCCGGCUUCGACUGGGGAAGAGAGCGAGGAGGACCAGCAGUUCCUGUCUAUUUUCCAGCAGAUCGCGGGGGACGUGAGUACUGGGGAGCCACUGAGCGCUGGGGGGAGUCAAAUGGAGAUCUCAGCCAAUGAACUCAAAGAUGUAUUGAACAAGGUGGUGUCCAAACUCAAGGACAUACACACCGAGGGCUUCAGUCGAGAGAGCUGUAGAAGUAUGAUUGCCCUCAUGGAUAUGGAUGGAAAAGGAAGAAUCAAUCUACAAGAGUUCAGACACCUGUGGAACAAAAUCAAACAGUGGCAGGAAAUCUUUAAGCGCUACGACUUCGAUCACACCGGCACUAUCAGCAGCUACGAGAUGAGGAACGCCAUCAAUGAUGCAGGGUUCCGUCUGAAUAACCAGCUCUAUGACAUUAUCACCAUGCGCUACGCCAACGAAAGCAUGAACGUCGACUUUGACAGUUUCGUCAGCUGCCUUGUGCGACUGGAGGGGAUGUUCAGAGCAUUCCAGGCCUUUGACCAAGGUGGAGAUGGCACCAUCAGGCUUAACGUACUGGAGUGGCUUCAGCUGACCAUGUACGCGUAGACCAGCUACGGAUCCAGGUGAGCCCAGACUCGGCAAGGACCAGAACUACCAGCUCUUACCUCAUCACUCAAUGUGCCAGACUACUGUUACCUCUUUCUCUGUACCUCAGCCCACACUGAACACCAGCUCUGGAAACUUCACACACAAUUACUCCUCCUCUUCAGUUUAGUUUCAUAUGGGACGGCGAGAAGGGUGAAAUGAGUGUUAGCGUCACUGAUCGACGUCAUAUUUUUCAGUCAGACUGCAGAGGAAAGAUUUUUGGGGGCGUAGCAGCUUUAGAGGCACGUUUUCUGUUGUAAUUCAUUCCUCAAAGUAACUUUUCACAUGAACUUCAUUCAGUUUGUCAAGACCGGUGUUACAGGCAGCAUUUCUCUUUUACCUCAAAAGAUGCUAGUGUUUCUGAUUUCCUUUUGCAGUAUUACGAUGGACCUAAUUUGUAAUAUAGUUACAUAGAAUAAUGAAAACUACUUGAAAUCUGGUCUGACCAUUCACACUGAAACUCAAUCCAGAUUUCACACCACAUAUAGAUCGGGUUUGCGAAACUAGAAACAAACCUCAUUUGGAAACUCAUUAUCAUUCUAUCACUCUUUCAGAUUCUUAAAAAAAACACUUUAUCCAGAUAUACACUUCAUUCAUCCCAGCCUCCCAUUUUGAUUUUGUAAAAGCAAAAUCCAUUAAAAAAAGCUUGCAUAAGCUUUACCUUAUCGCUUUCAAAUCCUGGUUGUUUGUGAGACAUUUAUGUUUGUAAGUUAACAUGAAGAACCAGGUAAGGAAAAAGAAUAUAGAGGAGAAUCAUCAGGAAACAUCUCAAGAUUUCAUGAUGGACGGCGACAUUCAGGGUUUUUAUUUCAUUACUGUGGAUGUAGACCCGGGUCGAAACUAGGCUUUUUAUUUUUAGUUUUUUUGUGCUUGACCCACAUUUAACCUUUUGUUCAAAUGAGUGUACCGACUUCAGCCGUUUACCAAAAUAAAUGUGUAGUUCUUGGUUGAAGUGCUUUCCCACGAGGAAAAGGCCUAAUUAUUCUCACGAGCAUAAGUGGCGAUUACAAAAUAAAAUAAAUGGAGAAUUUUCUUCUUUUUAAAGGGUCUGUAAAAGCUUUAUAAUAUAUACAGUGUAUUUCAAUAAUUAAUAAAACAAAAGUAAAAAAGUCUUAGCAUUUAAUAACCACGUAAUGUUAUAUUGUAGAAAAAGACAUUAAACAUAUAUA